AUGACCCAGCGCUCUCAUCCCCCCUCAUUGCCGUCAUCUUCUUUCCUACAGCGCAAAGGUCAACAAUCCACUCCCACUCCGCCAAGGCUUGAGAAUCCCAUGUCCACUAGAGAGGUCCAAACAGAAAACCCUCGGACUGAAGGCUCAGGGAAUAAGAGGCAACCAUACCAAAUCCAGCGUCUGCUCAACAACGACCCUGAGAACGAUACGACCGUCUUGGGUUUUGUGUUUCAGCGUUCGCUGGCAAAUGAGGUAGACCCUGGUGUUCCUUCAGAGAACUUGGUUCAUUUCCCACAACCUAGUGGGGGAGUUUGGGCGGUUAACCGUUGCCUCUGUCUGUCCUGGGAUAUAUCCACAGUUCUGUUUGGAGGCACACCUCCAAGCGACCGCAUGUCAUCCCAAGGGACUCCUCGACGCCAGGAAGUGACGGAUGCGCCUUCAUUCCCACCGGAAUACUCCCCGAACAGCCCAAAACAACCCAGUACAAUGAACAAUCAACCUAAUCUCAAGCUUCGCUGUCCAAUUCGUGCUCAUGCUGAUAAAUGCAUCGAGGAUGGCCAUGAGGUUGGAGAACCCUGCUGCAGGAAAGAUCAGACAUUUAAAGCAAUAGACAAACUCAAGGUACACUCGCUCAAAUAUGUAUGCCUGCGAUGCAAGCAGAAGCUUCCUCUGGCCAAAAAGGGUGACCUGGAAAGCCUGCAGGAAAAGCACGAGACAUGCGAGGAGGAGCCUUGGCCCGAGAAGAGGAGAGAAUAUGCCAAAUGGACUUUGAUGAGCAAGGAGCAACAUGAUCGAUGGAAGGCCUGGACGACCACCAUUAACGAACGCCGCCAACCUGGGAAUGGGCAACGAGAAAAGAAGGCCUAUUGGAGCUGGAGGAAGAUCUACGAGAGCCUCUAUCCAAACACAGCCGAUUUUCCGGCUGCGUGUUUAGGUGGUGAGCAGCUGGGAGAUACUAACCAGACAACUUCGAAGGCCAAGGAGACGAGCGUGGACACUCGAUCGAGGGAGGAGGUGCAACAAACUCCCGUCACUAACACUGGAGUCCCUUCCAAACCACCAACAGGUCCGGCAUUUCUACGGAACAAUGACCCGGUCUGGUUCGUGAGUCCCCUCUCCGCAGACUUGCGGGUUGGCCAGCAGCAGUGCCCGGAAACAGAGAGCAGUGUCUCAUGGCUCGAGACUUCGACUGGCCCCGGCUCCAUGGCAUACUCAUCGACAUCGGGCACCACUGACAAUCUGAUACCACCGACUCCCUCCCACACUUCCUUCAGCAACGGACCUUCGGCUGAUUGGCUCUACAUUGGCGAUUCUCACCUUUACCUGGGCGAGAGAGUCGAGGGCAUCUACGAUGAGAAUCUCUUCAGCCAGGAUGACCCGAUUUUGGGUGUAUCUGGAGUGAGGGAUGAGGAGGACUCCUAA